AUGCUGCUAGCUGUCAACGCAUUACUAUUUUUACUCGUUAUAGCACGAUCCGCACCGCAAAACUGGGUGGACUCGGCGGAUAUCGGAGCGGGGGAAGCCGCGCGCGCGGAAGGUGCAUCUGCACGGGAAGUGUCGGCGCGGGGUUCCGCCUUGGGGGGAUGGGGGAAGGGUUGGGGGGAGAUUUGGGGGAACCGUUCACUGGGGAAUCUGCGGAAAGUUCUGGCUCUGGGGUACGGCGGGCGCGGAGGGUACGCGGAAUCAGGGGCGGAGAAUUUGGGAGUGGAGUUAAGUGAGGGGGAGGGGGUCGGAGGUCUGUAUGGUGAUCUCAGCUACGGGAAUGGCGGCGGGAAUGGCGACGAGAAUGGCGGCGGGAAUGACGCACGGCCGCAGCAGGAGCAGCGGGAGCACGUGUGCUGGACAUCGUCGGGAGACUACUCCUCACCCUCCCCCCCGGGGGUCACCAUUCACGGGCGCGGCUGCGCCACGUGCAUCCGCGGGCAGCGCUGCUCAUUCCGCCUGUCCGUGCGCGCGCCCGCGCAGUGGGCGGAGGGGGUGCUGCAGACGACGAAGCGCGGGUGGUGGAAGCGCGACGUGACUGUUACCAUGCGCGGAGCCGCCAUGGGCGCGGGGGACGUGCGCUGCCUUGAUCCCCCGCACUGCAGGGAGAUGAGAGUGACUUACCGCCUGUGGGAUGGAGGAGAGUACUUGGCCACGAUGCACAUAGGCUGCGCCAACCUUCGCUUUUCACCUCUCUACUACCUCCACCUCAACAAGACAGCCCAACACGACCUAGUCUCCUGGCCCCUCACCGUUCUGCCCCGCACUGCACCCAACUCCACCGCACAAGCACAGCAGACCCGCCUCUCCCUUCCUCAACAAGGCAGCAGCCCGUCCCAAGCCUAUCCCGAACCAGACUCCGAUCUUCCCAGCAGCCCCUGCAUCGGAGCUUCGGUCCCGGCCCGGUGGAAGAUGAGAAACGGUUUGUACCGCUGGGAACCGUUCUUCUGCACGCACAAGGAGUUGCCUGCUAGCCGUUGGAUUGCUGCUUUGGAGCAGAGGGGCAUUCGGGAGAUUAGCAUCGUAGGGGAUUCGCACCAAAGGUUUUUAACAGCGCACUUGUACUACCUGCUCACGGGCCGGGCGGACAUGAGAAUGAAAAAGUGGCGGGAUAAUUUGUUUUAUACGGCGGAGGAUGGAGAGGGGAGGGAGCUGAAGAUAAACUUUUACUGGAUCGAUGGGAUCUACAGUAAUGGGAAGUUCGGAUGCAGCCAUCGUGGCAUUACAACCAGGAGAGAGACUCAAUACCCCAACAUCUCAUCCACUGCUGACGUCACCCUCUUUGAAGGAGGCUACUGGGGCGCAUCUUUCUGCAAGCAGCCUCUUAAAGCCCUUCGGGUGUACCUGCGUGAGUUUGUGCGCUGGGGCAUUUCCGCCGUUGCGCCCGGAAAAGGCCGGGUGGUUUUCCGCACUAUCCCCUCGUUUGCGGUGAGGUGGGACUCGUGUAAUCGGUACACCGGCCCGAGAACGAAUAGAGCGGGCAUGGCUGUGAAUGCGCUCUUGAAGCGAAUCGUGCUUGGGGAACCCAGGAGAGGAGAAGGGCGCACAGGGGGAGGGGGAAGAGGGGGAAGAGGGGAGGGUGGAGGGGAGGGUGUGGCUUGGCAGGACCUGGACGAGAGCUUGCAAAUGCUACCACGUGAAGAGUUGGAACGAGGAUCUCAUGUGGGGGGGAACGACGUGCUUCGAGAUUCAUCUGCUGAGGCGGCUCAAGGGAACUUGCAGGAGGUAGCUGGUGGAAGGAAUUUGACAGACUCAAGAAGUACAGGAGGCACAGAUUUUUACACCGAUUCUGAAAGUGCAGAAGGGGAAGCAGCAGGCACAGCAGCAGGCACAGCAGCAGGCGAGGAGGGGGGCGACACUGAAAUACCGGCAGGAGCAGCCACGAUUCUGGACACGUGGCAAAUCGACGCGCCUCGGUACCUUGACACGGCUGUUCCCGAUGACCACCACUACUCGAUGGUGGUUGCAACAGAUGACGGGGAUGCGGUGGUGGGGGAGGUGGGGGAGGCGCAUGUGAGGGCGUUCAUCCACUACCUUCUCUACACCCUCCCUCCUCCUGCUAAGCAAGCCGGCUGA